CGAUUAGCCGGAGGGAGAGGCAGCAAGAGCCGCGCGCGAGUUGACUUUCGCGCUCCGGCUCACUCACCACCGUUUACAGCAGGGUGAAGGAGAGAGGUAUCCGUCGCUACUUAGCCGAGGGGUUGUGCUCGUUCAACCCCUGCGAGGAUCGUGAGAUCUGGCCCCGCCUGUCAGCCAAUCGUCGUCGCUGGCCGACGUCUCGCGCACAUGUUCUAGCGUCGACGGACAGCGCGUCCGCCCAGCCGCGCGAGAACUUCGGGGGAUGAUAAUCCUCUCUGGCUGACACCCUUCUCUGUGCCACCACCGAUAGUCGCGACCAGAUCGCGACGGGCAAAAAUUAUUAAGUUAUAGAUCGCACGUGUCAUUAGUACGCGAGUACGCGAGUUUGACGUUUACUGAUCGACAAGAGGCGAUCAUCGCGAAGCGAGAGUCAGGAAUUCUAAUCGUGAUAAUUAGCGACAAUCGACGUGGAGUUACAUCUCGCGGUUGUAUCGCGCGUGACUUUAUAAAUCUUGUGAAAUGUUAUGCAAAUUGUGAGGGAUGUCAGCUAUUAUUAUGAUACGAGUCUGAUGCCGUGCCGGCGCAAAUUCACUCUGCUUAGAAUAUCUAUGUAUCAUUUGCGACGAUCGUCUGAAGCUCGGCUGAAGAUUCGGCACAGAUCGCAGUGAACACGGAAGAAAAAGAUACAAUUUCUUGCUGAACUUGAUAAAAUAAAUUCGUCUCAAAUGGAGGAGAACGGACGCGGGGAGGCUCUGUGCAAGGUCUGCGGGGACAAGGCCUCUGGGAAGCAUUACGGCGUGCCGAGUUGCGACGGAUGUCGCGGUUUUUUCAAGCGGUCUAUCCGCAGGUACGCGAGGAAUUUGGAUUACGUGUGCAAAGAGAACGGGCGCUGCAUCGUGGACGUGUCGCGGCGCAACCAGUGCCAAGCCUGCCGUUUCACGAAGUGUCUUCAGGUCAACAUGAAGCGAGACGCUGUACAACACGAGAGAGCACCGAGGAGCACGUCUUCUCUCGUUGCAGCAGCGAGGAGGACUUCUUCGGGGCUGUACACGGGCAUCCCUAACGUCUAUCAUCCUGCCAGCAGCACCUAUCACCCCCUCCUAUAUCCCGCAUUGUUCCCCUUCAAACCUACGGUACCAACAUUCGCCCCGUCCGUCGCAGCGCAUUUCUUGCCACGACCGUCUCCGGAAUCUUUGUCUAUGACUACCGCCAAGGAAGACGAGGUUACCAGUUCCGAGGAAGCUGCUACUGUCGAUGUCAGACUCGAAUCGAAAGAGGAAUUAGUCAACACUCGCUUGGCGCCGCCGGUUAUCACUUCCAUCUCAUCGGAAUACACCAUGCAAGGCUUAUCCCUUCUGCCGACCGAAAAUAUCUACGAGUUUGCGGCAAAGUUACUUUUCUUCGCCGUGCGAUGGGCGAGAAGUAUACAUUCCUUUCUGCAACUUCCUUACAGAGAUCAAACUAUUCUUCUGGAGGAGUCGUGGAGCGAGUUGUUCGUGCUGACAGCCGCGCAGUGGAACUUUCCCGUGGAUGAGACCACCCUCGUGCCCGUAGAUUUGCCGAUAGAGCGGAGAGAAGUUCUCCUCGACAAAGCGAGGAGGCUAAGGGAACUCUUGGCAAAGUGCGCCGCGUUAAGGGUGGAUCACUCAGAGUACGCGUGCUUGAAGGCUAUAGUUCUUUUUAAAGCAGAAUCACGAAAUCUCUGCGAGCCGGGGCGAGUAUCGGCGUUGCAGGAGCAGACGGUGGCGGUGUUCUGCGAGAGGGAUGCGCGCAGAGUGGGUCGAUUACUGCUGCUUUUACCACCGGCGCGUGCACUUUGCCGUACCACCCUGCACGAGCUACUGUUCAAGCCGACUGUCGGCGAAGUCAGCGUGGAGCGACUGCUGGGCGACAUGGUCGGCGCCCUCAGGCCUACCUAACUGCAGGCACGAAUGCACCCAUUGCUCUUGGGAUAUCCGUGUUACGUGUUUUACCGACUACCUUUUGUCGGCGAUGUCGAAAUUGGGAACGAGGGAUGAUCAUGCCGAGAUAAAAUUGAAAUGUCGCGUCAGAUAAUUGUCCAUAGAAGAAACGCGUAUGUGCAUCGAUUUAUAUUGGACAUCAACCUCCAAAUUGUUUACUUUCUUUAGAAAUAAUUAGCACUAAAGUAUCGACAAACGCAGAAACAUCAUGAUCGAUUUCAACAUUGCGUUAGUCACGAAAUGUGCUGAUCAGUUUAGAUACUGAAGAGUGUUAGUGUAAACGUAAUGGCGUGUCAUUAUUAUCAUUGAAAUUGCGAUUAUUGUACGAACAAUUUAUGCUGUUGAUACAGAGAGGGAUAAGUGUCCUACAGCUACGAUUUUGCAAUCAACACUUAAAUUUUACGGUAUCGAAUUUAAUCCAACAGUAGACUUCUCGCCCUCUUCUAGCAAGAUAACUUUAGUCAACUAUCCCUUAAGAAAAAGUAUUUCAAUGAAUUGAUAGACUAAUAAAACAUUAUCAGUUACUGAUACAGUAAUCAGUUUACUGAAACACUUUUUCUUAAAAGAUGAUUGACUAAAUGGUCUCGUCGUAUUAUUUUAUAUUUAUUUCUUUUAUAAUUAAAAUUAUAAUCUGACAAAAGGAGCCAAUUAGCUGAUUAACCACGUUUAGAAUAUUCUAAAUCGUAGACUAAUAAUUGUUAACUGGAGCAGAUUAAGCAAUAAGCGACGAAGAUAAUUCCUGUUACCAGCUAGCUUAUCGAAUUACGAUACAUCGCGUUGGCGAUGCCGAUAAAACGAUGAUAAAAAACAGACACGUAGGAGGCGAAGAGAUUUCGUAACGCAGCGAUAGUUCCGCCUCGGGAUAUCGAUUCGCGAUGGACAGCAUUAUGGCGCUGUAGUCAAUCGCAUCAAUUCAUUCCGUGCAUAUGUGGUAUAUUAUAUAUAAAUGGGCUUUGCGCAAUGUAAUAUUUAUGCACCUUAAGUGGACACAUAUCUGUCCUAGAUAUAAAUAACUUUAGCGACGACCUCGGCAUAACAUCAUAAAUUAAAUGUAACGUGGCAUAAAUGCGUAUUUAUGUAAUUAGUUAAUUAAUCAAUGGCCCCGUUUACUCCUAACCCUUGUACAUUAGUCAGACGUAUCUAAAGCGAAAAACGAUAGUCGUCAUUGCCAGCACUUAUUUUCACUUUCUCGUUAAUAUUACCUCCGUAUAGUAUUAUUUGUGCUAGAGCGAUAAAAAAUUAUCUAAUCGCAAGUUGGCCACUAUCGUAUCAAAUUAACGAAUAUAUCGUUUCCAAAAAUUGUUCUCCGUGAUAUCUAAACUGGAAUAAAUUCCUUUAGAAAAGAUGCAUAUACUUUUCCUUUCCUCAUGAUGAUUUUUUUUUUUUUGUAAAAAGCUCUCGGAUAGUGCAAUUUUUCUAUGCAAUAAUGAGAAUUUCUAAUUGAAAAUUCGUAGUAAUUCAUUAAAUAGUAAAAGAAAAUACUUGAAAUACUAUAAACCAAUUAAUAGAAUUUUUACAUUAAACAGAAUUAUAGAAAGAAUAUUUUAAUCGCGCAUUUUAAGUUCUUGUUACGUAAAAUCUUUACACAAAUGAAAAUAAUUCCAUAAAAAUAAUUAACAGGCUUGAAAUUAUCGGCGCAAUUCUCUUAAUCAGCAUAUGGCGAGAUAACGAAAUUAAACUAAAUUAAAUUAAAUGAUGGCGUGGGGACAUAUACACACACGGAUAAUUUUUUUUUUUUUAUUAACUAGAAUAAUUUAUUUUUCUCUCAUGGUAGAAAAAGGAGAAUGUAUCUUAACUCACGAACUGCAUUGUACUUAUAUAUAUACAAUUACAUACAAUC